ACGAGCUCAUUGUUAACGGUAGAGACAAAUUCGGUUGGGUAAAGAAAAAGAAGAGCUAAUGGCGUAUGCAUUCGACAGAGAGACCAUCAUGAAAUCCAAUCCCAUUCCCAACACUUCGUCUCCAAGCUAUUGCUCACGAGUACCUCAAAACUGCAUAUUAAGCAUUCUCAAUCAAGAACAUAUCAAAGUUUUUAAAGCAUUGACUACACACAUCACAAUAAAAACGUCGAUGUCCUGAAAAUCGUUGGGGCACAGAACCACCGGCAUCGCACGCCGAGGUUAACUUAAAAAAAACCUGGACAGAAUCAAAACUGAUUCGGAUGCAAGAAAUCUCGACAUGAGCCACAGGUUAUGACAAUCAAAUAGAAGAACGAGAGCUACGUCCUAACAGACACAACAGGGCAUUGUUCUAACCCUAGUUUAGAAUUCCCACCACUCGUCCUAUUUAACGGUAUUGACAACGCACAUUCCAUUUGUUUAACGAAUCGAAAAGUCACAAGCCGAAGAGUCACGAAAAUAACAGAAAGCAAAAGGUUCGCUCCAUACUCUUGCUAAACUGUGGGGCACAUGGUUGCACAGUGCUACGAGUCCUGAGUUCUUUCUACUCAGCAAUGCUUCCUGCUUAUAAAUAAAGAGACCAACAUACCCAUCAUUAGCCACCCCUAGUUUAAUAUACUCGUUCAAACAUCUGCCUCCCCUCCUUCCCUCCCUCUGUUGUAUUAGCCAGAUCCAUGAGGAUGACUAAAAUCAAUCUGAAGAACGACGCCUCCCUCCUUCUCAUUGCCAUUUUCAUUUUGAGUGCAAGUUUGGGGACCUGCUAUGGCAGAGAAGGCAAGCAUUGGAGGCCCAGCGAGGCGCACCCACUGAAAAAGGGACAAGGUCAUCGAGGUGGACACCGACACCACCGUCAACAUCACCACCGCCUUUCGCCGAAGGUGAUGGGAGAUGGGUACACUGUUCCUCAAGAGACUAUGACCAGUUUAGCAGGAAGUUCAGGGAGUACUACCACUUUUAAUGUGCUGGACUACGGUGCUAAAGGUGAUGGACAGGCUGAUGAUACGAAGGCAUUUGCAGCAGCUUGGGCAGCAGCAUGUCAAGUGGCGGCAUCAACAAUGGUGGUCCCAUCUGGGUCCGUGUUUAUGGUCAAUCCAAUCUCUUUUUCAGGGCCUAAUUGCAAACCGGGCAUUGUGUUUCAGUUAGAUGGCAAGAUAAUUGCUCCAACUAGCUCUCAGGCUUGGGGAUCAGGUCUCCUCCAAUGGAUUGAAUUCACAAAGCUUACAAAGAUCAAAAUUAAGGGACAGGGCAUCAUCGAUGGACAAGGCUCUGUGUGGUGGAACGAUUCACCCACUGUUAAUCCAACAGAGGAGUUGGAUUCGGUCUCCUCCACAGCCCUAAAUUCAACAAAUAGUUCCAACGAUACGAUAAGUACUAACCUAAGUAAUAUGCCAAGCACCAAGCCCACGGCACUUAGGUUCUAUGGAAGCACUGAUGUAACAGUCAAUGGGAUAACCAUCCAGAACAGCCCUCAGACCCACCUGAAGUUCGACUCUUGCACAGAUGUCCAGGUUUUUGGUGUUACUAUAUCUUCCCCAGGAGACAGCCCCAACACUGAUGGAAUCCAUCUACAGAAUUCCCAGAAUAUGCUGAUUUACAGCACAGAUAUUGCGUCCGGAGAUGACUGUGUAUCGAUACAGACUGGAUGCUCCAAUGUGUACAUACACAAUGUAAAUUGUGGACCAGGACAUGGUAUCAGUAUUGGAGGACUAGGAAAGGACAACACUAAAGCUUGUGUCUCAAACGUCACUGUCCGAGACACAACAUUUACUGGAACAUUAACUGGGGUCAGGAUAAAGACAUGGCAGGGAGGUUCAGGAUCUGUACAAGAUAUCAUGUUCUCCAACAUCCAAGUAUCUGAGGUUCAAACUCCUAUUAUGAUUGACCAGUUCUACUGUGACAAAGGAACAUGCAAGAAUGAAACAGCAGCUGUAGCAGUUUCGGGCAUAAACUACAUGAACAUAAAAGGAACUUACACAGUGCAAGCUGUACAUUUUGCCUGCAGUGACAGCUUGCCUUGCAUCGGUGUGUCUCUUACAACCAUAGAGUUGAAAUCAGUUCAAGGCAGACACUUGUAUGAUCCCUUUUGCUGGGAGACAUAUGGUCAGUUGAAAACCACCACAGAACCUCCAAUCAGCUGCUUACAGAAAGGAAAGCCAUCAAACUUACCGUCUAAGCUUGUUUCAUGCUGAGUUUACGCAAAGAAUUCUGCUAGAUAUACGUACCUUAGGCUUUAUGUGAUCUCUUCAACCGUAUUUGGCUGACUACAUAGGGAGGAACUAUAUGGAAAUUUACACGUGUGUAGUGGAAUCAUCAUUUUCUAGUGAUAGAAUUGAAUUUCUACACAACAAUAUACAGGAAUAUACAGAAAUAUUUUUUCCAUUUUAACAAAG